ACUACUACAACUUCAACAUCAUAUCGUUGCAAUUUGGGUUUGUAGUAUCAUCACAAUUCACAAACAACCACUGAUAUCAACUCUACUUUCCGGAAAACGCUGCCGGAGUUCGUCGCCGGUCGCCUCGUCCAGGUUUCUGGAUUAUUGUGAGUAAUUAUCAAUCUGUUCACUUCAACAUCCCUUUGGAUCAUCAAGAAUGCAAUUCUUUGGGGGUUCUGAGAUCAGUCCGUCACCACCUGCGCCGACAGCUUCAGGAAACAAUGGCCAUAUGUUGUAUGUGUUCAAUAGGAAUGGUAUAUGUUUGCUUUAUAGAGAAUGGAACCGUCCCUUGCAUACGUUGAAUGCUCAGCAAGAUCAUAAGUUAAUGUUUGGUCUGCUUUUUUCGCUUAAGUCAUUAACUGCCAAGAUGGAUCCCACUAGUUCCGAGAAAGGAAACCUUGGCGUACCUCAGUUACCUGGUCAAGGUUGUUCGUUUCACAGCUUUCGCACUAAUACAUACAAACUUAGUUUCAUGGAAACUCCUUCUGGAAUAAAGAUUAUCUUGGUAACUCAUCCUAGAACUGGUGAUCUUCGGGAAUCCUUGAAGUAUAUCUACAAUUUGUAUGUCGAGUAUGUUGUCAAGAAUCCACUCUACACACCUGGAGCUCCUAUAAGGUCUGAGCUUUUCAAUACAACAUUGGACCAGUAUGUGAGAGGCAUUGCAUAGAAGCUGUGUGGUUACAAUUCACCACUGUUGAUGAUAAUGAACUCAUGUGUUGUAUAAUGCCUUGUUUUGCAUGGUGAUCAUUGCAUUACCAGCCACAAACUCUUAAGAAGUCCUCACAUGUUUAUGUUUAUGUUGUUGCAACAUUAGAUUGGUCUGAUAUAAUGUUAAUACUUGAUCAGAAUUCAUUGACCAAAAUUAAAACAAAUGUUCGGUUACUACUACA